GUGUGGACGUGUAGAUCUACCUCGGUCUGGUCUGCCGUGGGUGCGUGGGCGUCAGUGGUGUGUCAACGAUGUGUGCCGUCUGGCCUGCUGUCUGUUGACGGCACUUGAGGCCACAAGUAAUGAUUAUCGCGACGGGCCAGCCAGUCACGUGUCCGUACAGAGAGACUGGCUGGCCCCAAAUCGACAAUCGUCCGACCCUUCCCUCCCCUUGAGGACCGUCAUACGCAAUGCGUGUGUUGCUCGCCCUUGGUUGGCUGUGGGUCCGCCUGACUGCGGCGCAGCAGGAUGUGUGGCUGAUGAGCAUUUGUUCAAGCUUGCCACAGAUUGGCGUCUUGGCAGCAUGAUAUGAACUUUUGUCAUGAUCAGUCAGUCCGUCACGCAUCAUGGCAUUUAUGCCACUGCAGAGAUAAAGCUACGCAAGACAAACAGACACAAGAUAGGCAGGCAGUGUCCAGCCUUACGAUCACCAGUUGUAGACACGAAGCGCAUGUCUUUCCUCUGCCAACAGUCAGUCGCUCUGCCUGUGCUGCAUGGUGCGUUCCCUCAUGUCAACCUCCACCCUGGCUUCAUCAUCUCCUCGCCCUCUCUUGGCAGUGAGGGUGAGGAGCUGACGAAGACGCCGGCAAGGGAGACAUCAAGCAACACACCCACGCACAGACACACACAACGCACAAUAGACGAGCCGUGCCGUCACGCUACGUUUACACACCUGCCUCUGUCUGUGUCAGUCAGUCAGUCAGUCUAUCUGUAGUAAGCAGUGGACGUGGGGUGCAUGAGUGUGGGAUCGAGCAGGAUCCGCGGCCCCCCACGGGCCUGCAGACUGCCGCCCAAGAUGAACUCCUCAGAUGUGGGCGCCGUCUUGCUCUCAACCUUCAACGCUGAUCGAUUCGAUCGACACACAGGGAGGGAGAUCCAUCACGCUCGUGUGGUGUGGGUGUGGGUGUGCAGGUCCAUGCGCACCUUGGAUGGCGGGGUCUGUCUUGGGUGUGAAUCGAAUGUCCUGGUGCGGGGGCCACUGGAAGGUGCCCUCGCCUGACGUCGUGGCGCCGGUCGUCUUGGUGCGCACCUUCAUCACCUGCACAACACAACAUACACACACACAUCCACACAAGAGGCAGACAGACAUGGACGAAUCGGGGGGGGAUGGAUGGAUGGAUAUGUGUGUGUGUGUGUGUGUGAUCUCACUCACCUCUCUGAUGAAGUGUCUCAUGUUCUCGAGCAGCUGAGCGGGCAGAAACGCCGUGUGUGCCAGCUGGAUGUUGAUCUCGCCCUCGCCCUCGGCACGGAACUCUAUCUGCACACACACACACACACACACCCCACAACAACAACAACAACAACAACACACCCACGCAACGCAACGCAAUGCAAUGCAUGACGGUCGUCCCCCUCUGUGAAUCCGCCCGCUCUCUCUGUGGUCUUCUCAUCUCACCUGAGCACCCGAUUUGGCGAGUUUGAUGGCUUCCCGCAGGUUCGCCGUGAUCGUUCCGCUCUUGGGAUUGGGCAUCAACCGUCGAGGGCCCAAUGUCUUGGCAAUCUUCAGCACCUGACAGACGACAGACAGACACAGACGCAGGUGGCUUCUGUGUCUGGUGUGUCUUGGUGGGGUGUGUGUAACCUGAGGCAUGACGACAGGUGUGGCGAUGCACCGCUCGAAGCCGAUCCAGCCCUUGGAGAUGUCCUGGAUGGGCUGAGUCAGGCCAGCAAAGUCAGCACCAGCAUCCAACAUCUCCUGCGCCUCUUCGUCUGGGCAGAAGACGAGCAGUCGCGUGUCGGCCUGCAGCCCAUAAGGCAGCUGCGUCACCCCCCGCACGCUCUCCCUCUUCAGAUCCACAUUCACCCGCAUCCCAAACAUCACCGGGUCACGCCGCUCGGGCCGGCUCACAAACGCCUGAAGCAGCCGGGCCGCCUGGAACGGCGACGCCAGGAUGGGCGGGGCCUCCUUUGUCGAGACGCCCACCUGCUCGAGCAGCGCCUGGGUGGACGAGAGGGGCUCCCGCUUGGACGGGCUGCGCUUGCGGAUGAAGUGGAAGGGGAUGUACUUCUUGGUGCGCUGCUGCGCGUGGCGGAAGGCCGGCGGGACGGGGGGGCAGCAGGGCAGCUGAUGGGCGAACCGGGCGGCAGGGAGGGAAGAGGCGUUCAUUGGACUUGCGUGUUCGAUGAUCAAAUGUCCGCGGAACUGGGAGAUCUGCCUUCUCCGCAGUGUCCAGCCGUCGUGGGCGUCACAUACACGCCUUCUUCGCUGCUUCUCCC